CUGGAAAUUCGAGUCACAAAGAACCUGACUCGCAAUAUAUGCCAGAGGAUAACAUUCGUGAUUGGCCAACAGUAGUAUUGGAAGUGGGAUAUUCCGAAUCCCGGAUCACUAUUGACUGUAUUGUGCUGAAUCGAAGUACCUCACCGACUCGCUAUACUCGUUCACGUUACCGCCAAAUGACUCGACAACAGCUUACUAUCACACGGGAUCAGAAUGGAUGCCACAUCACCAUCCAAGAGAUAAUGGCACGCUCUCCGUUACCAGGCGAGACUGACAUUCGCGUUCCGGUGCCUCAUUUAGAGGAAUUUGUUGCUGACAUCUGGUUUCGGCAAGGACUUUAA